GCUCAUUUCAUAUCUUCAGUUGAAAACCCAAGCAUCUAUGUUUACAAAUAUUUUCGUCUCUGUAAACAUCUCUUGCUCCAUCUCUUCUCUCUAUCUCUCUCUCUGCGAUGGGUUUUCCUACGGGUAUAAAGGAGCUUGAGAUUCCGGAGUACCUAUUUAAGAUACUUUCCGUCAUCGGUUUCUUCAGAGACAUGGUCAACGCUCUCUGUCCUUACAUCGGUUUACCCCAUUUUUUAGACGAUGGAAUUCCUCGACCCGGCCCCAUCAUACCCGACAACACGGCGGUGACUCUCGCUUACGAGGUUUCCCCGGUGGUUCGUUUCUCGGAUCUUCAGACCGAUCUCGAAGACUGCUGUACGGUUUGUCUCUUGGACUUUGCAUACGAUGAUAAAGUUAGACAGCUUCCGAACUGCCGACACGUGUUCCACAAUCGUUGCAUGGACCGUUGGAUCGUCGACUGCCGCAAGAUCACAUGUCCGAUUUGUCGAGACCGGUUCUUACCGGCCGAAUAUUACGCGCGGAUAAAUUCCGGUUUUGGUUCGGUUUGGUACAUUGAAGAAUCGGAAAGUAAUAUUCUACUAUAAGACAUUUGCAUCUGUUCUUUAGAUAUUGGUAUCUGAUCAGUAUUCUGUGUUUUUCUUUUCAGUAUUCUGUGUUAAGUUUUAGUUUUCUAUUGUAUCUUUAAUUAAUAUUAUUAGCUAGAACUUUUUCAUAGAACAUUUUCUUAACCAUGUGAUAGUCGAGUUUUAAGUCGUUAAACAAAUAUGCUCGAGGAAGUUGGUAUUCUUAAAAUAUGCAAAUGUUGAGUGGAGA